UUAAAUAAUGUAAAAACAAUGCAAACAAACUAUAAUCAUAAUCCUAAUAAUAAUUUUGAAUUAAAUAAUAUGAGUCAUACGGGACCUACCGGUGCUGGUGCUGCCGGUGCUGAUGGUGUAGUACUCAGGCGAAGCCAAAACAACUCCGAUAACAAUCAUUAUAGUUAUCGUCAAUCAGGCGAUCCUCGUAUCAACAGUGGUGUCAGUUUCAAUAUGACCGGUACGACCAUGUUUGACAACCCCGGGUUUAUCAACGAUAAUCAUAUGCAUGACGUCCACUUCGGUAACAUCGGUAACGGCACCGGUAGUGGUGGCCAUGAAAUGAUGGACACCACCGAAGGCGACGAGUUUGAGUCCAUGUUUAACGGCGGACCUAAACGUCAAUCGGAGGAACUGAAAGCCUGGGACCGGUUUAAGACAAUACCGCCGCCGGAUGACGACGAAACCCUAUCGGGUGAAUGGCUUGAAAUCAUUAUCAAAUGGUUCAAAGUUUUUGCCUAUUUUUUUACAUUUGUCGUAACCCUGGGGUUUGCAGUCAUCAGCAAGUCGUUCAUCCUAUUGAUGACAUCGAUGAUCAAAGUUAACCGUACGAUCCCAUUGUGUAACGAGGACGGGGGUAUCUAUCAAAUUGAACCACCCCUGGACCGGGAUAAACGUUAUACAACUAUCUAUGCUAUUGACGACCCGGAGAGGAUAGCCUGGUUAUGGACCCUAUUUUUUGCUACCAUUACCCCCGAGUUGUUUGUAUGGGGUCGUAGUGCCCGUAUAUGCUAUUUCAAGACCUAUAAGAUACCCGAGUGGCGGACAUUUUUAACGGUAUUUACAACCGAAACGUUCAACGCAAUCGGCAUAUCACUGCUAAUCUUCCUAAUACUACCUACCAUUGACUCGAUCAAAGGUGCUAUGAUAACCAAUAGUAUAUGUUUGAUACCCGGGCUACUAUUACUACUAUCGACUGUCCAGGACAAUGAUAAACUACUAAACCGUAUACUAACCCUACUGGCCUGUUGUUUCCAGUUUGCUGGGCUAAUAGUCUGGCCAAUUAUCGUCCAUGAUGACGGCUCACGUAUGUACUGGUAUCUGCCCCUAGCCUUGAUCAUGGUAUCGUUUACUUGGUGGGAAAAUUAUGUAGAUCCCGGUGCCCGGCUAAAACCAUCGGCUAAUAUAGUAUCCAAAUGGCUGGACCAGUGCCGGCAAGAUCUGGCCCGUAGUCGUUAUUUUACAUACCUGAUCGUAUCACUAUGGAAAUGUUUGGUCAUCCUAUCGAUGAUGAUCCUAAUUGAAUACCUGAACGAGGAUACGGCUACUGUGGGUACAAUGUUUAGCCGAUUUGGUGAAGCCUAUCGUAACUACGAUAUAGCUAUCAUCCGUGAUAAGUCCCAGUUUGAACACCAGACCCCGAUGGACGGUGACGAUCAUAUUAUGUCGAUAUCCGAUCCGUAUGUACCCGUUUGGGUACUGCUCGUCCAGAUUACGGCCAGCUAUAUGUGCUACGCUGUCGGCAAGUUUUCGUGUAAAAUUUGUAUACAGGGUGUAUCGUUUGCCAUACCCGUCAAUAUGGCCGUACCGUUUACGGUGUCGUUUCUAUGGGCAAUGGUAUCGGCAGCCGGUGAGGACAAGUGUCAGAUAUGCAACUUUUGGCCCGGUUUUCAAUACGUAUUCUGGUAUACCCGCGAAGUCGACGUUUUCGCCUACAAUGAAAACGCCUACAACUAUGUCAACACAUUCAUGUGGAUCCUAUCCCUGGCCUCCCAAAUGUGGAUAGCCAUACAUAUAUGGUUUUCCACUAGUGAACGACUGGCCUCAACGGAAAAACUAUUUAUAAUACCAAUGUAUAGCUCCAUAUGUAUCGAUCAGUCGCUGGCUAUGAACAGGCGUCGACUGAACGUUAUGGACGAUCCGCUGCCAGUGCCCGCCGAUAAAGAUGGCCAACCCCUGGAAACGGCUGAGGAGGCACUGAUGACUAACACUGCCAUCAAUGCCAGUGCACCGACAUUUGAUAGCAUACAACAACAGCGCCAAAUGGAUCAUAUGUACGAAUCGGUUACCGAACCGAUGGCCGGCCUAUCGGCUGCAGCUAACGGUGCGGGAGGAGGAGGAGGAGGAGGAGGACUGGUAGUUAGCAAACCAGAUGAAACCGUAACCAUCUAUGUUUGUACCACUAUGUGGCACGAAUCCAAAGAUGAGAUGAUACAGACGCUGAAAGCAGUGAUCCGAUUGGAUGCCGACCAAUGCGCCCGAAAGACGGCCCAAGAAUUUUUCCAAUUGAAUCCCAGUCUAACUGAUUACUAUGAAAUUGAAUUCAACAUAUUUUUUGACGACGCCUUCGAUCAGGGAGUUUCGGAUGACGAAGACGAUCGGGUAGUCAACCGAUUUGUCCGUCAGUUGGUCGAAACAAUGGACGAAGCGGCCAGUUAUGUACACGAAACUAUUAUACAGCUACAGAAGCCCAAUGUUGUGCCGACACCAUAUGGUGGUAAAUUGGAGUGGACACUACCGGGCCAAAAUAAAUUGAUUGCCCACUUGAAAGAUAAGAUAUUGAUUAGGCAUAGAAAACGUUGGUCACAGUGUAUGUACAUGUACUACCUGUUAGGCUAUCGUUUGGCUGCCAAACCAAUGGACGAACGACGCAAAGAAACCAUUGCUAUGAAUACGUUUAUACUGGCAUUGGAUGGUGACAUCAACUUUAGGCCGACCGCACUCAACCUAGUUGUAGAUUUGAUGAAAAAAAAUAAAAAAUUGGGCGCCGCCUGCGGACGUAUACAUCCGAUAGGACCGGGACCUAUGGUCUGGUAUCAGAAAUUUGAGUACGCAAUCGGCCAUUGGCUACAAAAAGCAACCGAACACGUGUUCGGGUGUGUACUGUGCAGUCCCGGCUGUUUCUCACUAUUCAGAGCCCGGGCUGUUAUGGACGACAGUGUUAUGAAUAAGUAUACGACUAAACCAUCCGAAGCCCUGCAUUACGUACAGUACGAUCAGGGAGAGGACCGAUGGUUGUGUACAUUGUUGCUGCAACAGGGCUGGCGCAUUGAAUACUGUGCCGCUAGUGAUUCCUAUACACACGCACCGGAAGGUUUCGGUGAAUUCUAUACACAACGACGCCGUUGGGCACCGUCAACAAUGGCCAACAUUAUGGACCUAUUGGGCGACUACAAGCGUACGGUUGCCGUCAACAAUGACAUAUCCAAACUGUAUAUCCUUUAUCAGGCUAUGAUGAUGAUCGGUACGGUAUUAAGUCCGGGUACCAUAUUUUUGAUGGUUGUCGGCGCUGUCAACACUGUAUUAGGACUAACCAGUACUGUAUCGAUUGUAGUCAAUGUAAUACCGGUGCUGCUGUUUUCAAUCGUAUGUAUGACAGUCAAAAAAAAUGAUCACAUAAUCUUCCUGGCAAUGAUACUGUCGACUAUCUAUGCACUGGUAAUGUUGGCCGUCUAUGUYGGGAUAUGUAUAGAUAUGUUUCAGAAAACUAUAUUCACACCAAACUCCAUGUUUUUUCUGGGACUAAUGGGAUCGUUUGUUAUAGCAGCCAUUAUACAUCCACAGGAGUUUAGUUGUGUCAUACCGUUACCAUUGUAUAUGUUACUGAUACCCAGUAUGUAUCUACUGUUGACCAUCUAUUCGGUAACCAAUAUGCAUAUAGUAUCGUGGGGUACACGUGAGGUCAAGUCCAAGUUGACGGCCAAAGAGGCCCAACAAGCGGCCGAAGCAGCGGCCGAGGCCGAAGCGGCCAAAGCUAAAAAGAAAAAUAUGUUAGGUUUCCUUAAUUUGUCACAACUGGGUGGCGGCGGUGGCCGCGGAUCGGGUGGUAUCCUAACAUGUAUGUGCUGUUCAAGUCAGCGAUCCGAUGAGGAAUCGGCUAAACUAACGGAAAUCAGGGAACAGUUAACCCGAAUGUCCGAAUCGGUUACCGUAAUCAAGACACAGGUAACCACUGCCGAUCAAUCGGAACAGUAUAGCCUAUCGGGUGGUAGACGUAAUACCCUGACAUCCAUUAGACGACAAUCAUCGACAAACCGGGCACAUGUAGAUCGUAUGAUGGAUGCAGGAGGACAGGGAGGUGGCGGUGGAGGAGGAGGACUGUCUACUAUAGAAGCGGGUGAUACUGAAGAUGAAACUAGCGACAGGUCGUCAAUGGAUUCGAUGGGUAGUCAAGAAACUGGUGGUCCAGGCGGUGGUGUCCGAUCGGGUGCACCAUCAAUAGCCGAAUCUAAAAUGGGUGCCAAGUUGCCCCGUUGGGUCGGGGAUAAAACAUUCAAAAAAUUUCCUAUAGUUCCCCUCGAAGAUGAUGAACUAGAUUUUUGGCAAACAUUUAUACCGAAAUAUUUGCUACCCCUGGAUGAAAAUCCUAAAGAACAGGCACGUAUAGCAUCGGAUUUGCGGGAACUCCGUAAUAAAAUGGUGUUUGCAUUUGCUAUUAUCAAUACCCUGUUUAUCCUAUUUGUCCUAUUGUUACAAAUGCACCCGGAUGUAUUUAAUUUUGAAAUUAAAACCGGUAUCGAUCACUGGAAUAUUACCGGGUAUAAUGAGAAGGAAGAUAAAUACGAUAAGGAACCGGUUUAUCAUUAUAUUAAAAUGGAUCCGAUAGGUCUAGUAUUGGUAGCAUUUUUCGGCAUAAUUCUGGUCAUCCAAUUGAUCGGUAUGUUUAUGCACCGGUUCGGUACACUCGCCCAUCUGCUGGCCUUCACUAACAUCGACUUCUGCCAGAAAGGGACGGCCGGUGGCAAUGAAGACGACGACGCUAUCAUUGACAAGAAUAUUGUCCAAAUAACCAAACAGCUACAGAAGCUGAAAGGUUUGGACGAUAUGGACGACCAGAAUACAGUGGUCCUGAGUUCGGAUAAUCUGCCAAACAAUCGUAAGUCUAUGUUCGGAAACCGCAGGUCCAGAGCCCUGUCCAACAUAAUCUGGAUCACGCUUUUCGUACACGACUGAUGAGUCUGAGGCCCGAUAGCACCGAUGCCACCCAAAAGUCGAUACUCCGGCGCCAGAGUACUGUCCAGGCGUUACGCAAACGUCGCGAUACUAUUGUUAUGGAAAAUCAUCGCCGUAUGAGUAGACAGUCCUCACAGAUAUCGUUGACCGCCGCCGAACAAAACGAGUCGUCUAUCGGCUCCAGUCAUAGGCCACUGUCGUGGUUGCCGUCGGGCAGCAGUGGUGGUGGCGGUGGUGGUAGUAGUCAACUACCCAUACGUUUGCAACCGGUUCCCGGCAGCACCGGUAGCUCAUUGAGUGGUCUACCGACGCCUCAACAUCUAUACAGGCCUUAGU